AUGAAGAUGAAGUUUACAGAAGUGUCACGGACAACAGCCGCCACGCCUGCGACUCUAUUUACAGAUGAGAAGGUCAAAUUAAAGCAGUCGGAAAUACCUUCCAUUGAUGGUGCGUCGAAGAGACCUAAUGUAAAGGACGAGGCCUCGGGGCGUGAAGUUGAUACGUACACACUUCCACAGGCAAUCACGACUGCUCCUCAAAAAAAAGUAACACCUCUGGCGAGGAUGAGGACAAAGGUUACAAAAGCUGCACCGACAAUAGCUGCAACUGAACCACGCGAUCCUGUAGAGGCGGAGAUGGAUUUAAUACGGUUGAAAAUACCCCUCAUUGAUUUUGCAAUGAAGAUAGCUGAACCGAAGUAUCGGGUUAAGGCUCGUCGUGUUUAUGCAAGUUUAAGAAGAGUUGUGUACAAUUUCAAUUCAAAAAAGCUGAAAGCCAUUAAUUCAGACCUAAUUAUUGCUAAGAAAAGCAUCGAUAAAGCAAAUUUUAUACUUGUUGAAAGUCGUCUCCAGAAAGCGAAAGAAUAUAUCCAACGUGGUGGCGCAGUAAGGAAAUUAGAAAAGGUACGAACAAUAGAUCCAACUACGCUUUUCAUAUUCAAUGAAUGGGAGAUUCAAAUGAUGAAGUCCAAAAUGUCCCGUUUCCGCCAGUUUUUAAAGUUCGCAGAUCAGAAGAAAUUUGCUACCUUACUUCAAUUGGAACCAAAUUAUUUGAAAAACAUAUCUAACAUGGACAAGAAAAGACUGCAAGAAAUUAAUUUGAUGAUAGAUGAUUGCGUUCGAAAGUGUCUCAGUGUGAUGUAUAGGAUUGCAAAAGGCCCUUUAAAAGAUGGCACACUAAAAAUUGAUGUUCUUUGA